CAAUCAGACGUGGCUUGGCGAGUGACGUCAUCAGGGGUAUAUAAGGGGAGUGACGCCUUCCACAUUCAAACGAGGCAUCGCGAGGGCAGCGUACACAGUUCCUUGUGAUCUCGGCAUCAACGUUUUUUUAAAGCUUUAUACUACUACAGAACAAAAUGCGCGAGUGCAUCUCAGUCCAUGUGGGUCAGGCUGGUGCCCAGAUGGGCAAUGCCUGCUGGGAGCUGUAUUGCCUAGAGCAUGGUAUUCAGCCUGAUGGCCAGAUGCCUUCAGACAAAACUGUAGGUGGUGGUGAUGAUUCCUUCAACACAUUUUUCAGUGAAACUGGUUCUGGGAAACAUGUUCCCAGGGCAGUGUUUGUCGACCUAGAACCAACUGUAAUAGAUGAAAUCAGAACUGGCGUAUAUCGGCAAUUGUUCCAUCCUGAACAACUAAUUACUGGAAAGGAAGAUGCUGCAAACAACUAUGCCCGUGGCCACUAUACUAUUGGAAAAGAAAUUGUAGAUAUAGUACUUGACCGCAUCCGUAAACUAGCAGAUAACUGUACAGGACUUCAGGGCUUCCUAAUUUUCCAUUCCUUUGGAGGUGGCACUGGUUCAGGCUUUACUUCCUUGCUUAUGGAAAGAUUAUCAGUAGACUAUGGUAAGAAGAGCAAAUUAGAAUUUGCCAUUUAUCCGGCUCCUCAAGUUGCUACAGCUGUUGUUGAACCAUACAACUCUAUUUUGACUACUCAUACUACACUUGAACAUUCAGACUGUGCAUUCAUGGUAGAUAAUGAGGCCAUAUAUGACAUCUGCCGUAGGAAUCUUGACAUUGAACGACCUACAUACACAAACUUGAACAGGCUCAUUGGCCAAAUUGUUUCUUCAAUCACUGCUUCCCUACGCUUUGAUGGUGCUCUUAAUGUUGACCUUACAGAGUUCCAGACCAACUUGGUCCCUUACCCAAGGAUCCACUUCCCAUUGGUAACUUAUGCACCUGUAAUUUCUGCAGAGAAAGCUUACCAUGAGCAGCUUUCAGUUUCUGAAAUCACUAAUGCCUGCUUUGAACCUGCCAACCAAAUGGUAAAAUGUGAUCCACGUCAUGGAAAGUACAUGGCCUGUUGUCUGCUUUACCGUGGAGAUGUUGUGCCAAAGGAUGUAAAUGCUGCAAUUGCUACAAUAAAGACAAAGCGAACCAUCCAGUUCGUAGAUUGGUGCCCAACUGGUUUUAAGGUUGGGAUUAAUUACCAGCCACCUACUGUAGUCCCUGGUGGAGAUUUGGCUAAAGUUUCACGUGCUGUGUGCAUGUUGUCUAACACUACUGCAAUUGCAGAAGCUUGGGCACGUCUGGAUCACAAAUUUGAUCUUAUGUAUGCAAAGCGAGCAUUUGUUCAUUGGUAUGUUGGAGAGGGAAUGGAAGAGGGAGAAUUUACUGAAGCCCGUGAGGAUCUUGCUGCCCUUGAGAAAGACUACGAAGAAGUUGGUGUGGACUCUGCUGAUGCAGAGGGUGAGGAAGAAGGGGAGGAAUAUUAAGCAGUCUGCAGAAAGAUUUAAAGAAUCUCAAUAAAAUUCAAAAUUUA